AUCCAUCGUAUUCUACUUCGAUAUUCAAAUUGACGAAAUGUGUUCUUCCUCUGUCUCCCGGUGGCCUCUCUAUCUUCAUUCCAACCCAAACCAAAGUCGAAGUUUUUCCUCCACUGUUUCCCGAAAUUCUCUGAAACUCUUCUCCCUGAACUCAGCCCGCAGCCCUGAAAUCCUCCGCAUCCGACCCGAGCUUCACCCCUCAGCAUUGCCCACAUCAAAACCCGCACUGGGAAACUGUUCGUUAACUCCUAAAGAGAGGAUUUCCAAGCUUCUCAGCGAGAAAUUGGCGAUUUUCAUAUUCGGGUCAUUUAUUUUAUUGGGGGGGUUAAAGGCCAGGCCGGCAGUGGCGCAGCCGAUUCAACAAAGUAGUAGUGGGGUUGAGGCCGAUGAGGAAAAUACGGGGGCCCAGGUUGGUGAAGCCGAGGAGACAUUGUAUUUGAAUUUGCUGGAGAAGGACCCUAGAAAUGUUGAGGCUUUGAAGAUGAUCAUUAAUAUAACGAUGAAGAAAGGGAAGACUAAGGAGGCCGUCAAGUACGUGGAGAUGUUGAUUGAGGCUCAACCUAGGGAAAUUGAGUGGAGACUGUUGCAGGCUUUAUGCUAUGAGAUUAUGGGGCAAUUAAGCAAGGCGAAGAGAUUGUUCAAGGAAAUAUUAAAGCAAAACCCUUUAUCACUUAGAGCAUUGCACGGUCUAGCAAUGGUUAUGCACAAGAACCAGGAAGGCCCUGCUGUAUUUCAGAUGCUGAAUGGUGCUCUUGAAGUUGCUUGUCGAGAAAAGAGAGUCAAUGAGGAAAGAAAUAUAAAGAUAUUGAUUGCACAGAUGCAUGUAAUAAAGGGAGAACUACAGGAGGCUUUGGAGAAAUUAAAAAAUCUUAUUCAAGAGAACCCAAGAGAUUUCCGCCCCUACCUAUGCCAGGGAAUUGUUUACAGUCUUCUUGACAAAAAGAAGGAGGCUGACGAGCAGUUUCAGAUGUACCGAGAUCUUGUGCCUGAAGAAUUUCCAGGGAGAGGGUUCCUCGAUGAUGUUAUGUUGGCUGCUAAAACCCAAUCCAAGGAACAUCUCCAGAAAGAGUUUACAGCUGAUAUGAAUGAUAAAAGCAUUUGAGCACCAGCACUGGUGGGCAGUUUUUAGGUAGGUAACUUCUACAAGGAAGAAAUACAGGUAUUCUACUAAUGACCCAAUUGGGGUAGGAACACUAAGAAAUUUUGGUACAUGGUAUUGAGGAUUCUGUAAUGUACAAACACGUCUAGAUGGUUCGACUAUGAUAUUGAAGUUUCCGACUUGAAUCAUUUUAAAAGGAAGCCAUGGUAAAUGCCUCAAAUCCUUAUGCAUUCUUAGUUUUUCCCUAAGAAGGUCCAUAUACACAAGUAUGCAUUCAUACUUUUU